AUGCCAUACUUUACAUCCAGCGAAGAGUGGCAACGCCAAUCAGCAUUGCUACUGCAAGCCCGUCCAACCACCGUACGUGCCUCUUCUCGCCAUCACAUACCUGCCCUUCCAGACCUAACACACGACCAACAGACCCGCAUAACAACAAAAUACCACAUCCCCUCCGCCAACUCCGUCUCUNCAAAACCGACGACCUCAACAGAUGCCGCUACCUCAGAAUCCAAACCGAUAGUCGCCCACCUCGAGCUCAAAACCUACGAUCCCGUGUCUGGCACAACGCUAAAAUACAAGACCGACAAGGCCGCAGAGGUCGGCAGAUUGGUCGCUGCAAUGGGUACUCUGGGCAGGGAGAUGGCUGCGCUGCCAGAGAAGAAGGAGGACGUGGUUAUGGCAGAUGUGGGCGCUGAGUGCACCGAGACCCUCGUAGAAACUGCGGCGCCAGCAGCGCAAAACACGGCGCCCAAGAAANAGAAGAAGGGCAAGAAGUGA